CACAUACGUCUCUGAGAUAACUCUCCAAUCCAUAGGGAAAAAAAAAAGUAAUGGCUAAUAUCACCAACUUCCUUUGUGUUUUUUCUCUUGUUUUUCUAGCACUCUCAACUACUUCAUCUGCUUAUUAUAGCAAUGAAGAACCCACCCAAGAACCUAGUGGUCUUCUAAAAGUUAAUGUAGGUGUUGCUGAACCAGCAUAUAAGACUUCUCAUUAUCUUCCAACACUACCUGAAGUUGCACAUCCUGAAGUACCAUAUGUUCCAACCGCAGCUAAGGUUGAGAAGCCAUAUGUUCCAGCUGUACCUACGCAAGCAUACCCAGAAGCACCAUAUGUUCAAGCCGCACCUAAGGCCGAGAAGCCAUAUGUUCCAGCUGCACCUAAGCCAGCAUACCCACAAGUCCCAUUUGUUCCAGCCGCACCUAAGGCCGAGAAGCCAUAUGUUCCAGCUGCACCUAAGCCAGCAUACCCACAAGUCCCAUAUGUUCCAGCCGCACCUAAGGCCAAGAAGCCAUAUGUUCCAGCUGCACCUAAGCCAGCAUACCCACAAGUCCCAUAUGUUCCAGCCGCACCUAAGGCCGAGAAGCCAUAUGUUCCAGCUGCACCUAAGCCAGUAUACCCACAAGUCCCAUAUGUUCCAACCGCACCUAAGGCCGAGAAGCCAUAUGUUCCAGCUGCACCUAAGCCAGCAUACCCAGAAGUCCCAUAUGUUCCAGCUGCACCGAAGCCAGUAUACCCACAUGUUCCAGCCGCACCUAAGGCCGAGAAGCCAUAUGUUCCAGCUGCAUCUACGAGAGCAUACCCAGAAGUCCCAUAUGUGCCAACAGUACCUAAGGUCAAAAAGCCAUAUGUUCCCUCACCCCCCAAGAAUUAUGCAGUUCAGGGGCUUGUCUACUGUCAAUCUGGUGCUGAACGCACUCCAAUAGAAGGAGUUGUGACAAAAGUUGUAUGCUUUGCUGCUGACUUAGUGUCUCAGUUAUUGACAAUCACCAGUACAACUGAUGCCCAUGGUUACUUUUACACUCCAUUAGAUGUAUCAUCAAUCAUCUACCAAGCUUUCCAGUGCAAGGUGUACCUUGAUACUUGCCCAAUGACAACUUGCAGCAAACCUACUAAUAUCAACAAUGGUGUCUCUGGUGCCCUUCUCUCUAUCAACUACCACAGUCUCCCCAACAACAAGAACUUGUUCUCUGUUGGUCCCUUCUUCUACACUCCUGAGACCAAGUACUAGAGAUGAAGAUCUUAUUCUUUGCAUGAAAUUUCUUUAUGGAAAGGGGUUUUCUUUGCUACUUAAUCAUUCUUUCAUUUUUGGCAUUGUAUUGAUAUAGUUCCAAUGGAAUUUGUAACUUGUGAGACAACCUUAUAAGUUUAAUUUCCUAUUGCUUGUUUAUGUUUUGAUUUUCUUGAUUCUUCGAACAAUAAGAUCAAGUCUUGUUUAAUUGGUUCAUAUAU